AUGCUAGCGAUCGCAUUUGUCUUAUUCGCAAGCGUGCUUGUCGAGUCUCGCCCAUUUAAUAUCACAGACUUAAUCAUCCCUCACAUAGUUCCACCUGGCCAAGAUGAGAUUGAAAUUGAGUGCCGAUACGACGCUAACUUCACUCUGCUCAACUGGUUCAAAGGGAACACCGAGUUUUUCAGAUAUAAACCUGGUGCUGCGCCAAGUACGAGAUCGUUCCCGAUUUUGGGGGUUGGAAGAAUUGAAUUAGUUCACUGUGGACCGACAGCUUGUCGCCUCAGGCUGGGUGCAUUGACUGAAGAAGCCACGGGUAUCUACAAGUGUGAUAUUGAGAAGGAAGUGCCGCCUUACCAGUUUGAAUCACGUACGGGUUACAUGGAGGUGCAUGGUCAUAAGCACAGGAAACCGGUUCUAGAAGGAUUGGCAGAGGAGUUUGGUGAAGAUGACGAUAUGCAAGCAUAUUGCCGCGGUGCGCCCGGAGCCGAAAUUCGCUGGUACAUAAAUGGACAAGAGAUGGAGCAGAUGAGAGGAUCUCUUGCAUUCAAGAAAAAGAGCUCACGGCUUCAUUUCCUUGGCAUACCUCCAACGGUUACAAUUCAGUGUGCAGAAUAUAGAUUUGGCAAAUUGUCUGGGUCUAAUCAGGGUAAGGCGCGAUGGAAGGAAAUGCACAAUGAAGAAACACCACAGGAACAAAGAAAUGGAGCUGCAGCUUUAUACAGCGGCUUUUACGUUAUUUUUAUGUCAUAUGUAUUUAAGUUAUUGUAA